GGGUGCCAGCGCCGCGCAGCGUCAGGCUGCGGCCAUGGCCAACUUGGCAGUGCGGGAGGAGCGGGCAGCUGCCGCAGCGGCCAGCCACAAUGCCCGCGCUGCACUGAUGGAGGAGCAUGGGGAGCGGGGCACUCGCUGGUUCCAUCGGCAGGCUGACGAGCCAGCAGCCGGCGCGCAGGAGCCCAUCACGCACUUGAAGGUGCCGGGGCAACCGGCGCCUGUGGCGCUCACGGGGCCGGGCACGCGCAACACUGUCUCAGCAGCCGCCGCAGCCAUGUACAGCAGCACCAGCCCCACCGGCCUGUUCCGCGUGCAGCCGGUCUGUACGGCGUCGCAGCAACGGCCUGGGCUCGCCGCUCAAGGUGCCCCGCAACUUGCCAGCCUCCUCGCCCAGUUCAGUCUGGUGGACCCUUGGGCGAGCAAGCGUGGCGGCGCCAAGGGCUACACGCAUCCGGCCACGCCCAAGCCAGCCACUCCCGCACGCCUGGAUCGGUGGUAUGUCAGUGCCACCACGGCGCCGUGGGUGGUGGAUGUCGCUCGCACGUAUGGGGCGCCUGGGGACCACAACGGUGUGCUGCUCACCCUGUCCUUGCCCGACCUGCCACAUGCGCACCGGGAGCAGUGGCGCUUCCCCACAUACCUGCUGUUUCACCCCUCGCUGCGUCUGGAGCUCGAGCAGCGCUUGGAGGCGCACGUUGCCGCAAAUCCUGUGACCAGUACAGGUGACGGCGCUUGCACGCAAUGGGAGGCGGACAAGUUCUUCUUGCGGGAGGCCGCCACCAGCAUCCACCGUCGGCAUGCACGCCAGACCCGGGACGGGCUGCAUGGCGUGGUGCUGGCCGCAGACGCGGCCGCUGCCCUGGCCGACCGGCCGGGUGCCAGCGCCGCGCAGCGUCAGGCUGCGGCCAUGGCCAACUUGGCGGUGCGGGAGGAGCGGGCAGCUGCCGCAGCGGCCAGCCACAAUGCCCGCGCUGCACUGAUGGAGGAGCAUGGGGAGCGGGGCACUCGCUGGUUCCAUCGGCAGGCUGACGAGCCAGCAGCCGGCGUGCAGGAGCCCAUCACGCACUUGAAGGUGCCGGGGCACCCGGCGCCUGUGGCGCUCACGGGGCCGGGCACGCGCAACACUGUCUCCGCAGCCGCUGCAGCCAUGUACAGCAGCACCAGCCCCACCGGCCUGUUCCGCGUGCAGCCGGUCUGUACGGCGUCGCAGCAGCAGCUUCUGGCGGCCAUUGACCGCAAGGUUCCGGCGGAUCUGCAGGCCGCCGCAGAGGGGUCCGGUGACGGCGCCCUCAGUGAUGCAGAGCUGAUGGCAGCGCUGGCUGGCUCCGCCAAUGGUAAAGCGCCUGGGUCGGACGGGGUCCCGUACGAGGUGUACAAGGUUUUCUGGGCGCUGCUGGGUCCGCGCUUGUGUGCUGCUGCUGCCGCUGCCUUUGCUGCCGCUGCAGACGCCCACGAUGGCGGUGAAAUGGCGGCGGCGCUGCCCGCCUCCUGGCGGGAGGGCAUCAUCACCCUCAUCUACAAGGGCAAAAGCCUGGACCGCGCCGAGCUGGCGUCGUACCGGCCCAUCACGCUGCUCAACUGCGACUCCAAGAUGGUGUCCAAGGCCGUCAGCGCCCGCCUGCAGCCCGCCCUGGAUGCAGUUGUGGAUGAGCUGCAGACCGCGUUCAUCACCGGCCGCUGGAUUGGUGACAACGCGCUGUACCUCCAAGGCCUGAUCGAAUGGAUGCGCCUGGACGUGGGCGCGGACGGCACGCCACGGCAGGGUGGUGCGCUGUACUUCUUGGACAUUGAAAAGGCGUAUGACCGGGUGCACCGGCAGUGGCUGUAUGCGUCCGCGGAGGGACUUGGGUUUGGGCCGCGCAUGCUGCGCUGGAUCCGCCUGCUCACUGCCAACGGCUCUGCCCGCGUGUGUGUGAACGGGAUGCUCUCUGACGCCUUCCCAGUGCUGAACGGCUUGCCGCAGGGCAGCACCGCCUCACCACCCCUGUGGGUCAUCCAGAUGCAGCCACUGACAUCCUUUCUGCGGCGGCAGGUGGAGCAAGGGGCACUGCGCACGCCCCUGUUACCCAGCGGCGAGCAGGCGCCACCGGCUGCCCACCACGCUGACGACACGACCCUCACGGCGCGCGACCCGGCGGUGGACGGGCCGGUCCUGAUGGCGGCAGUACAGCUGUUCUGCCGCGCGUCCAACGCCCGUGUCCAUCCGGACAAGAGCAAGGCCAUGGGCCUUGGCAGGUUUGCGCACCUGACGGGCCCUUGCCCACACACGGGGGUGCCGUUUACCACUGGCGCCGUGACGCACCUGGGUGUGCCCCUGUCGUGGGACUCGGAUGUGGCUGCAGCUGACUUGUUCACCCGGCGGGCUCGCGGCAUGGCGUUUGUGGCGCGUCUGUGGGCUGCCCUGUCUCUGACUCUUGUUGGCCGUGUGCACAUUGCGAAGCAGGUGCUGGCGGCGAAGCUGGCCUACCACUUCAGCUUCCUCAACCCGUCGCCUGCGCACCCCUGGCCCUCGUGAACAGGGAUGCCCCUGUUCGCGAAAGCGAAACGGCGCAGCGGAAGAAGCAUUUGCAGCUUGCAGGUGGCAGUCCCCGUUCGAGACGCCGUCUGGUCAGGAUAAUGUGGUUGAGGGUGGCGACUGCGUGGUCGUGUAGGGUGUCGCAGCACUGCCUGGCUUUGUGGGAGGUGACGCCCAGGGAGGUGAGGAGGGGGUGGAGGUCCUUGCGGAUUGUGCCUGCAAACCCGAGGCUGAUGGCGCUCUGCGGGGUGUAUUGCACUUUCCAUCCCGCUUCCCGCAGGUCGGCUGCAAGGGCCUGGUGCUGUUGUGCUUUUUCGUGUUGCUUGGCGGCGUGGUUCGUGUCAGCGGUGUAUCCUGCUUCGAUGAUGUGGAUGGUGUCAUGUUCGCUGGGAAGCGCGACAAAGUCUGGGUUUAGGGCUGCGGCGAGGGAGAUGGAAGGGAUUAGUAGGAUGUCGGGGCGGUAAUGUAGGUGGCGUCCUGCCGGUUUGCCCUCCUGGUCGGGGAGCAGCCACGGCGGCAGGCGGUUGUCAGCCGCAUAGUCUGGCAGAUCGGCUUUAGACGUGGCGUCCAUUACCAUGUAGCAACCGCCGCAGUCACCACGGGAGAUGGCUCGUGCGAUGGUCUGGACUGCAAUGUUGUGUCGUUUAAUGUACAUUGCACGGAGUUGGGGGUUGUGGCAGCCUCCCAGUAUAUGGCCGCCGGAGUCGGGUCCGCGGCAGAGUGGGCAUGGGGCAGGGGUAUCGGGGCCAGCGCGGGGGGCUCGGCGGCCUGUAACUGUGCGGCCGAAGCGGGCUGCGAGUUUGUUGUUCCACAGUUGCCCGUAAAGGUAGUCCAUGCAGCGUUUGGCCUUGCGGUGCCGGCCUGAUUGCAGGUUCAUGGUUCGGGUGCUGGAUUUGAUAUCCAGGUCUGGGAUGGCGUUGGCGACGAAGCCAGUGUAGAGGGUUUCGCGGGUGUGGCCUUGGGCGAUGUGCGGGGCCGCGAGCGUGGCAAUGCCGCGGUUGAGGUCAUGCGCGUAGUGCCCUUCGUUCUU